UCCCUUCACUAGUUCCGUAGUCCUGUUGCUAACAUGCGGCAGCAAGUUCCUGUGUUAUUGAACGUGCCUGUACAAUAAUACGAGACAUAAAUGUUCUUGUAAUUUAGCGUUAUUUGGCAGUAAUGGUCCCGAAAGCGCAGUGCUUCUGGUUCUGACGUGUGCAUCGAGGCAGACGGCUGACAAAACGUCGUCAUUUGCUGAAAGUUAGUGCGACUAAUGUUUAUCUGCAGAACGGCGCAAUGUUAGCGACCCUGUCGAGAGUUAAACCUCUCCGCUGGCCUUCCUCGGACAUACUUUUAAGAUGUAUUUUAAGACGAGAGGUUGCAAGGGAAGAGUUGUAUUGUCUUUCUGUCGGUUGUCCGUCGCUGUCGGUGUCGUGGAGACGGAAAACCGCCGGUGUCAGAGAUGUCAGCACCUCCAGCGCCCUGUCCGCCAAAGCCCGAGGAAACCAGAAGAAGAAAGAGAUAUCUGAAAAGAAGCUGACACGCUACUUUGUAGACCAGCGGCGUGUGAAGCUGGUGGCUGGUUCGGGUGGUAAUGGGAACUGCAGCUUUCACAGCGAGCCCCGAAAAGAGUUUGGCGGCCCAGAUGGAGGGAAUGGAGGCGAUGGGGGAAACAUCAUUUUCAAGGCUGACAAAUUUGUCAAAUCAUUGGCGCAAGUAGUUCCCAUCUACAAAGGAGAGGACGGGCAAUCGGGGAGGAGCAAGAACUGUUAUGGUCAGAACGGUAAUCACACCUACAUUUGUGUGCCAUUAGGAACAUUGGUGAAGGAGGAGGGUAAAACCAUAGCAGACCUUGCUGAGCAUGGCCAGGAGUACGUGGCUGUGUAUGGAGGGGCCGGGGGAAAGGGGAAUCGGUUCUUUCUGUCAAAUGAGAACCGCGCCCCGGUGACGGCGACCCCAGGAAUGAUGGGUCAGGAGCGGGUUCUUCAGCUGGAGCUACACACAAUGGCCCAUGCUGGACUGGUUGGCUUUCCAAAUGCUGGGAAAUCCUCACUGUUGAGAGCCAUUUCCAAUGCCAAGCCUGCUGUGGCUGCUUACCCGUUCACAACACUCAAUCCACAUGUAGGAAUUGUGAAUUACAGGGAUCACGAGCAAGUUGCAGUUGCUGACAUUCCCGGCAUCAUUCGAGGAGCACAUCUGAAUCGGGGCUUGGGCAUCUCCUUCUUGCGUCACAUAGAGCGCUGCCGGUUCCUCCUCUUUGUUGUGGACCUGUCGGCUCCGGAGCCGUGGACACAGAUCGAACACUUGCGUUAUGAACUGGACCAGUACGAGCCUGGCCUGUCCGAACGGCCUCAGGUUAUCGUAGCCAACAAAAUAGACCUCCCCGAAGCCCAAGAGAAGCUACAAACUCUAAAGAGCCAAGUCACCCAGAGGGUCAUCCCUGUGUCGGCUCUCACUGGACAAAACAAAGAAGAGCUCAUCCUCCACCUCAGAGAGCUCUAUGACGGCUACCUCCAAGGAGAAGGUAAUGGGCAAAGAAAACCCUCGAGGUGGUAGAAUAAGGUCCUUUUUCUGAACAGAUCAUAUAUAUGUCAUAUAUAUUUAUACUGGAUGGGAACUAUUUAAAUUGCUCAAUAAACAUGUAAACAAAACAAAGUAACAUA